CUUUUUCUGCAAAAGGCCCCACCGAUCAAUAGUCACUUUUCAGCGGUGGCACUGGCUGAGGUUUAAAAGAACUGCACCAUAAAAUAGUGAUCCACUUACUCAGCUUCGCAUCGUGCCUGUCACAUCAUCUUGAUAACAGGGUGCAAAAACAAUCAGUUAUGCUCGGAGGGAUAAAUGACUGACAUUGAUAAUUAGUGAAACACAGUCAGUGGAGAUUGUAUCUCAUUCAACGUUCAAUUGUCUAUUCUGGCCUGUUUUUUUUUUUUUUUUAAUCUUCACUCUGCCAUCCAGUUCAUCCAAUUUCUUCAUCCUGGUUGUCCUCCCUUCUUCUGUUGAAGUAAUAAGAUUGUCACUCCUGAGCCGCCGUUUUUAGGGCCUGCACGAUGACCUCUGCUCUGCUAAAUGACUGCAUGGACACACCCACUGUAACACAUUCGUAAUCUCCAUCUGUAAAUCCUGUUGUCGCUUAAAUUCAAAGCGCUAAGUGAAGAGACGAGGCAGUGAAGGUGCCAGUGAAAGGGAACAAUAAUCAUGAAGUGAAGUGAAACAGAACAAGGCCAAGGAGGAGAGUCAACAAAUCAAAGAUGAACACAAAGGCUCGGAGGAGAAAGUUGGGAUAUAUUUGACACAAGGAGUUUCAAGAGAGAUCUUCUGCCCGUCAUUUCAUCCCCUCUCUGCUUGUGUUCCAUCAUGGUGGACUUUUUCCUCAACCGAGUUCUGGUGGAGAACAACUGGGACCAGGAUGAGCUCAACACUGAGCGGGAAAUUACUGGCAUUCUGGAAAACCGGAUCCUCAUGCUGCUCUUUGCAUGCGCAGAGUGCGACAAAUGCUGGGAGUUUGUGCCCGUUCUCAACGACUUUUUUAAACGACUGAAAGACCCAGCUUACAUUGAAUAUCCCAGAUUGCUGGCGCUCAUUUACAUCAGCUUGGACCAAUCAGAGGAGCAGCAGGGAAGAUUUCUUAAAGAGAUGCACAAAAAGGUUCUGUUUUUGGCCUUUGAGGACCCGUACAGGAAGGAACUCCAGGCCAAGUUCAAGGUGAAAGAUGUCCCGACCGUGGUGGUCCUUCGUCCAGAUGGCUCCGUCCUGUCUCAGAAUGCUGUACAGGACAUUUAUCAGUUUGGUUCUGAAUGUUUCCGCAACUGGCAAGAAUCAUCAGAGCUGAUUGAAAGAAGCUUCAUGCUCAACGAGGAGUUUGACAACCUGAAUAUGCGCAGCGCCACCGACCCCGUGAGGAGGCUCAAAUAUAAGACGGAGGAGGACAAGAGGAAAAAAAGAUGGUGGAGGUUGUGGGGUGGAGGGAAAGCUGGCAAUGAAGAAAGUGAAAUUGUGGAAUACAAAGAGAGAGGAGGGCUUUAAAGGAACACGGAGACGACAAAAGGAAGGACCGAAGAGAAGUGUGUGUUCUCUCUAGAGAAGGCAAAGCUUAUCCAGGAUUCUCCUUUUUAUUUGUACUCCUUAAAAACAACACCAAUCCAUACGAUUAUUGAGAAAUGUCCAACAAAAGAUGGUUGCAGUGAAAGGUCUGCUUUUCAAGAGUCCACAGUUGCCAUUUUGAGCUGAUAUUGUUCUCCGGUGUGUCACACUUUGAAGGGACUACCAGGAGUGCUGCUGGAAAAUUGGGUCUCUGCCUAAAAUAAUCACUUUGGGCCCCAUCAUUUCAAAUGGUGCAAGCUGAAAAUAUUAUUUCCCGAGGGCCUUGUCAGUGGCGG